AUGUGCGAAUGGAUUUUUAACGCACUUGCUUUUGAUACAAACAAAGAAGUGUUGUUCCCAUUGCGCAAAUUUAUUGGAAGCACACAAGAUGGUGCAUCAGAAAAUAUGGGGUGUGAUAACGGCAUGAUUAAACACAUGAAAAUGAAACUGGUUCCGAUAAAAAAUCCAGAAGGAAAUAUAAUUGAAAGAAAGUUUUAUGGAGUACACUGCCUUGCUCACAGAUGUAACUUGUUUGCCCAAGAUGUAGGUAUGGAAUCACCAUUCGAUAUAGUGACAACAUUUAUUAAAUGGUUGUGUAACUCAACAAAGCUAAAAGAAUAA